AUGACUCAUUUCUCUGUUUUGUCUCUUUUCGUAGCACUACUCUUAUGUCAGUCCUUGGUUCGUGCCGUUACCAACGGUUAUUACGGGUAUAACCCGUCCGUGGCCAACUAUCUACCGGAGAAACCUCAGAACAUUAUGAAUCCCGUGGACUCGUGUUGGCGGCUCAAAUCUAACUGGACCGCCAACCGAAAAAACUUAGCAGAUUGCGCAGUUGGGUUUGGUUCAUCUGCCUUGGGUGGCAAGAAAGGUAAUAUAUAUGUUGUCACAAACCCUAGCGACAAUGCAGCGAACCCUCAACCAGGUUCUCUGCGAUAUGGUGUGAUCCAAGACAAGCCGUUGUGGAUCACUUUCGCUAAGGAUAUGGUCAUAACCCUAGAAAAUGAGCUCAUGGUCAAUAGCUAUAAGACCAUAGAUGGAAGAGGGGCAAAAGUGGAAAUUGCAUACGGACCAUGCAUUACGAUACAAGGAGUGACGAAUGUAAUUGUGCACGGGAUCAGCAUCCACGAUUGUAAACCGGGGAAGUACGGAAUGGUGAGGAGUAGCACGACGCAUGUCGGUCACCGUAAGGGAUCGGACGGUGAUGCGAUUGCGGUUUCAGGCUCGUCGAAUAUUUGGAUCGAUCAUUGUUACCUAGCGAGUUGUACGGACGGCCUGAUCGAUGUGAUCCAUGCUUCUACGGGAAUCACCAUUUCCAACAACUAUUUUACUCAGCAUAAGAAAGUGAUGUUGCUUGGACAUAAAGAUGAUUUCGUGAAAGAUGUGAACAUGAAAGUUACCGUGGCCUUCAAUCACUUUGGACCAGGACUUGUGGAGAGAAUGCCAAGGGUAAGACGAGGGUACGCUCAUGUGGCAAACAAUAGAUACGAUAAAUGGAUCAUGUAUGCAAUUGGUGGUAGCGCAGAUCCCACCAUUUUCAGUGAAGGCAACUAUUUCAUUGCUUCUGAUAAAUCUAACAGCAAAGAGGUGACAAAGAGAGAAGUGAAAGGAGGGUGGAACAAUUGGAGAUGGAGAACUUCAAAGGACGUUUUCAAGAACGGAGCUUACUUCGUACCUUCAGGUUAUGGCAGCAUUGUGCUGCCGUAUAGUUCUUCUCAACGAUUCCUAGUGGCUCCGGGAAACAUGGCUCCUUCUCUAACCGCAGACGCUGGCCCUCUAAACUGCAACCACAACCGCCCUUGUUAG